AAAGCGAAUCCGGCCGCAGAAAACUGAAAUACUAUCCGCGUGAACGAGAGAAAUUUCCACCAGGAGCAAUGAAGACUCUGGGACUCGAAAAAUCAACAAAGAUAUCCGAAUAAUGACCACGAAUCUCACAGACCACGAAUCUUUCACUUUCAUACGAGUCGGUCACCUUGAGACAGUCAGAGAAGAAAUCAUCCUUGAACUUUCAUUCUUACGGAACCACUUCUAAUCUCCCACGUACAUCCUUACUCGCCACAAGGACAUCGUCCUGCCAGUGAGGGAAGUCCUUCCUCCUGGUAUAAAAGCUGGUACCGGUCUUGUGGUCGCCAGUGUGGAAAAGGCAGUCCAACCAACAACAUCAUGAAGGCUGUUGUCGUUCUCGUUGCCCUCGCCCUCGUCUUUGCCGUCGCUCAGGCUGGCUAUUUCGGCGGAGGCGGAUUCCGCGGUGGUUACGGUGGCGGCUUCGGUGGACUCCGUGGUGGCUACGGAGGCGGCUUCGGCGGAUUCCGUGGUGGCUACGGAGGCGGCUUCGGCGGAUUCCGUGGCGGCUACGGCGGCGGCUAUGGCGGAGGCUACGGUGGAAAGGGAUGGAUCGGUUAAGUGCGACACAAGACCCUUGGCCAGCCAUACGUCGCCUUCACGAGUCCUUGGAGUCAUUGUCAUUGGGAGCUGCAUCAAAUUCCCAGUUUUCCAGAGAAGUUGUAAUAAAAUGACGUUUCACUGUCA